AUGAUUCUCGGCCGCCUUAUCUGCAUCCUCCAUGCCGAACAACUGUCCUUGAUCCCGGUGAAAUGGGUCACUCGGGUUUUCGUCACUGGGGACGUCAUCGCUUUCUCACUGCAGGCAGGAGGUGGGGGCAUACAAUCUUCCGGAACGCUGCGCCUCAGAAUCAGACCAACUCGUGCGCCGGCCAAGAGUGCCAUUCCUUGGAUGCGACACCUCUGGGUUUUGUAUGUCACCAGCGAUAUCAUCCUGGUCCGCAGUGUUUUCCGAGUGAUCAAAUACCUCCAGGGCAACGAUGGAUAUAUUAUUUCCCACAAAAUUUUCCUAUACGUCUUCGACACAAUCCUCAUAGCCGCAGUCGCGGUUAUUUUCUUGAUCUGGCAUGUGGGAGAAAGAUGCCCAAAAAGAAAGGCGUACCGUGAUGUUUCGGCGUAUUGUUCAGGGGCUUAG